AGGUCCAUUCAGCACAAGUCUGACCAUUCGGAAUACAUGCUUCAAGACUGUUUUGAUCACGCGGACUGGGAUAUGUUCCGGGUUGCCUCGGAUAAUAACAUUGAUGUAUACACGGACACGGUGGCUGAGUUUAAAAGGAAGUGUAUAGGGGAUGUUGUUCCCACUGUGACUAUUAAAACCUACUCAAACCAGAAACCGUGGAUAGAUGGCAGCAUUUGUGCUAAACUGGAAGCGCGAAGCACCGCAUUUAACCAUGGCAAGGUGACUGGGAAUAUGGUUGAAUACAAACAGUGUAGUUAUUCCCUCCGUAAGGCAAUCAAACAGGCAAAACGUCAGUACAGAGACAAAGUGGAGUCGCAAUUCAACGGCUCAGACACAAGACGUAUCUGGCAGGGUCCACAGACAAUCACAGAUUACAAAGGGAACACCAGCCACGUCGCGGACACCGAUGUCUUGCUCCCAGACAAGCUAAACACCUUCUUUGCCCGCUUUGAGGAUAACACAGUGCCAUCGACACAGUCCGCUUCCAAGAACAGUGGGCUCCCCUUCGCCGUGGCUGACGUGAGUAAGACAUUUAAGCGUGCUAACCCUCGCAAAGCCCUAGCCGCGGACUCAGAGCAUGUACAGACCAGUUUGCUGGAGUGGUUACAGACAUACUCAAUCUCUCCCUAUCACAGUCUGCUGUCCCCACUUGCUUCAAGAUGUCCACCAUUGUUCCUGUACACAAGAAAGCGAAGGUACCAAAAGGGGGUUGGCAUCAAUCAGAGAGGAGCUGUCAGUGGUGCAGAAGUUCCAGUCCUACACCCAAGAUGCCGACCAGAACUACGACUUUGCCAGCAACAGUGUCGUCCAGCAUCUUGAGCCCGGCGAUGAGAUCUACAUCAAGCUGGACCGGGGAUAAGGCAAGAAGUACAGCACCUUCUCCGGCUUCAUAGUCUACGCCGAUGAACAGAUCAUCUAUUUUACGCUAGGCUAUUCACUUCAUCUGCUAUAUUCUCUCGUUUAGAUUGGUUAACCCGCUGUCGUUUAGAAGACAGGUGGUUAAAGAGAAACUGGGGGACCUUGACACAGAAGUGAACCUUUAAAUUUACACUAUAAUGGAUGUUUAGUUUUACGAGUAAAAAUCUCCAAAUGAUGCAAUGUCCAAUAAAGAAAGUUGAACACGUGGAAACAAGGAAGGUGAUGAGUGAAUGUUUCAUGUGUAUAAGCCAAUAUUAAUGCAGGUUAAACAGGAAUGGUGUUAAUGCUUCAUUGCUGUUCAUGGCUUUUGUCAUUGGGUCAACUAAUCAAUUCAUUUCAAUUGGUCUUGUAAGGCAUCUCAGUUCAUGUUAGUCUAUAGAAUAUGGGAAUAAUACUCAGAGGUGAUUAAAACUCUACUGUAUGAA